CACACACACUGAUUUCACGUUUUCCAUACACACACAAACAACUUUCAGAAAAAGAAGAGAAAAACACAACCCAGAGAUCAAUGGAGACAUUCCCAGUUGUGAACAUGGAGAAGCUCAAUGGAGAAGAAAGAUCUGCAACAAUGAAGCUUAUCAAUGAUGCUUGUGAAAACUGGGGGUUCUUUGAGAUUGUGAACCAUGGGAUAUCAACUGAGCUUUUGGACACUGUGGAGAAGAUGACUAAAGGGCAUUACAAGAAGUGCAUGGAGGAAAGGUUCAAAGAAAUGGUGGCAAGCAAAGGGUUAGAAGCCGUUCAGAACGAAAUCGACGAUUUAGAUUGGGAAAGCACGUUCCAUCUCCGACAUCUCCCCGAAUCCAACAUCUCCGAUAUCCCUGAUCUUCAAGACGAAUACAGGAAGGUGAUGAAGGAGUUUGCUAAAGAAAUAGAGAAACUAGCUGAGGACAUUUUAGACAUUUUCUGUGAGAAUUUGGGGUUAGAAAAGGGUUACCUGAAGAAAGCUUUCUAUGGUUCCAAGGGCCCCACAUUCGGGACGAAGGUUAGCAACUAUCCCCCGUGCCCUAAGCCCGAUCUUAUCAAGGGCCUCCGGGCCCACACAGAUGCUGGCGGCGUCAUCUUGCUCUUCCAGGAUGAUAAGGUCAGCGGGCUCCAGCUCCUCAAGGACGGAAACUGGAUUGAUGUUCCACCGAUGCACCAUUCCAUCGUCAUUAACCUGGGUGAUCAGCUUGAGGUAAUCACCAAUGGAAAGUACAAGAGUGUGAUGCACAGAGUGAUUGCUCAAACAGAUGGGACCCGGAUGUCGAUAGCGUCAUUUUACAACCCAGGCAGUGAUGCCAUGAUCUAUCCUGCACCAGAAUUAGUAAACAAGGACGAAGAAGAAAACAGUACCUACCCAAAGUUCGUGUUUGAGGACUACAUGAACCUCUACACUCGAGUUAAGUUUCAGGCGAAGGAGCCUCGAUUUGAAGCAAUGAAGACCAUAGAUACGGUCAAGGUCGGCCCAAUCGCAACCGUUUAAAGUCGAAAAACACAUAGUAUUGGUGUUUGUGUGUGCGUGGAUUUAGUAAAAUAAAUCUAAGUGAUUAUACAAAAAAUGACGUGUUGAGAGUAUAUUCAUAGGUAUUAUCUUUUUCUGGUGUCUUGCAGACAUCUAUAAAUGGUUUGAAUAAGAACACCAUAUCUUGAGAUA